AGUUUAAAUAAUCUCUGAAUUCUCAUCAUCGUCGUAAUAAACAGAAAAACGUGAAAGGCAAAGGGGGCACUGUGGAAUGGUUCGUUCUGAAAUAUGAUCUUAAGAGGGGUGCAUUUUGGCAUCACGUAGCCUUUUUUAAGGCAGUCGCCGGUCCCCGCAGUCCUCCCUCAUAUCGAGCUUGCUCUCGUUGGUAAGCAGUUGGAGAGGAACAGUUGUGGGACAGGAAGCGACUGUCCCUCCUUUCCUCCCCACUUUCCUUCUCUCAUGGCCGGCGAGGCAGUGCGCGUAUGUCUUCCUGAAUGUCUCAUUGAAGAGGACAACAGUAGCGCCUUCAAGGGAAUUCCAUCCACAUUAAAGCAAGGCGGCAUGGAGUUGAAUGACUCCGUUCCUCAGAACGGGAAGAGUAAUGGCAGCCGACGGCAGAAAUGGCGCCAGAAGAAUACGGCCCAAGCCAAGGGUAGCGCAAGUCACAAGCGAAAUGCAUCUCCAUUGAGCUUUGGUGGGCCGGGGAUGCAGGCCUUCUUCCUUACUUCUGGAGGGUCGGCCACUACAGGCGGCAGCAGAAACGGAUCGUCUGGAACUGGCUUCUUCCUCCCUAGAAGGCCUGGCACGAGCUCCCAUCCUUGGCAUAAGCCAGCAUGUGCGACGGUUCUGCUCCCCUCCCGCGUGGUGCAUGCUCUGAAUCAAAGUGCUCACAGGCUCGCUCCACAUUCUGGAGUCUUCCACCAAGGGACCGUAAGGAAGCCAGUGGAUCAGGAAAGGGAUCGGAGAAGCUACGAAUACAGGGACUACUGGAAUCUGAACUCGACUAAUGACGAUUCUGUCGGGCUGGAAGAUGGAGCAUCCCAGUUUUUAGCUGCAUCAAGGUCGCGUUCACCUUCUCCUGAACCACUUUGCCUUCCUAACGAGUGGACUUACUAGUGGAGAAAAUUAGUAAGAUAUUUGAAAUACAGCAUGGUGAUAAAUUCCCAUUCUUCUGAGACCUACAAACAGGCAACCAACCAUGCGGCCAUGAAGGGAGAUACUACCCUCAUUUGACUCACAGACAUUAAUCAAAUGUAACCUGAAUAUCAAUAAUUCGGAAGCAAACUACUAUGCAUUCAAGUUGAUGAUAACCACAUGGAUCAUAUAUGGUAAUCAAUCAAGUGUAAUAUGUUAAUAUCAAUAAAUCUGAAAGAAUAUCCUUGC